AUGCACUCAGAGAACAUUUCGGUAGAUGACAGGAACAAGGCUGCUACACCUACUCCUGAUGAUAGCUCUGACGAUGACAUUCCCCUUUCCCAAUUAUUCAGUCAAAAUCACAAGAUUAACAAACCCGAUCCUUCCACUUCAGCUAGUGUUUUUCCUGUUUUUCAAUUUAACUAUACCCUAAUCCCAAAAUCCCAAUACCUUCUUUUCGACUUGAAAAACCACUGGAACACAGACCACCUUUGCACAGAAGUCGCAAAUAAAUACUUCUGUAAACACGAAGACUUAUUAGAAGCAGAUCCAUGCCUAGUAGAAAUUAUCAAAAAUGGAAGAAACACUUAUCCCAUAACAAGAAUACAGCAAUCAAGAACUCUGGUACAGCAGAUAUCUCCAUCUAAAGUAAUCAUAUGUCCAAGAGAGCCCACUACAGUGCAUUCGUCAUGUCCAGAAGACGGCCCGAUAGUUAUUUCUCAACCAAGUCUCAUAGAACUCCAGCGAUGCAGCUUAGAAAUCAAUCAACACAAGUUCUAUCCCUCAGAUCGCAUCGACCAUGAAACAAUUUUCCCUUUACCAGCUAUAAGCCUGACCAAUUUCACGAAGCAGAACCUUGUUGAUGUAACAAAAUUCAACUUGAAGACAAUCCAGAAUCUUCAAAUAUCCCAACGAAGACAGUAUCCAGUUCCCAGAUCGUCCCAUAGAGAAGACAAAUGUAAUCAUAUUUUUACUUCUUCUAUCAACUUUCAUUGGUUACAUCAUUUACCAAAUUUUAAAGAAGCUAAGAGAAGCAAGAAGACGUAG